CCCGGCUCACUCGGCGCGACGCACCACGACGGGAGGAUCAGGAGGCUGCUCAGCAGAAUCUUCGUGCGUAAAGACGGAGAUGGAACUCCGACGACGACGGCUUGUGCGGCGGAAACCUCCUCGUCGUCGUCGGCAGCUUUAGCCGCCGCUGCUGCUGCUGCUGCAUCAUCGUCACCCGGAUCGCGGAUGGGUGGCCCGGCUGGAGAGGUCGGGGUCGACGUGACCCCGCGAGGUCACGCCGACCCGAGGCCGACCAUCAUCGUGGUGGUGCACGAAGGUGACCGAGGUGGUGUCGGCGAGACGGAGGUUGCCUCUCCAGCCCACGAUUUCUCCGCGUUCCCCGGCUCCACUCCGCACGAUGGCUCCAGCCUGGCAAACGCAUCCCCGGCUCGUCUGUCGGCCCACUCGCUGUGCGGGGGCGAGUGGGGGCCCGCGGAGGGGCGGGGGGGGGACGCCCCCACCCCCACGCUCGCCCGCAGGGUGCCCAAGCGACGGUCCAACAUCUUCACGAGGAACAGCGACGUGGAGAAGGAGCGACGGGCGGCGGCCGAGGGGGACUGCAUCGGCAGCGGCCGCGCCAUCCCCGUCAAGCAGGGCAUCCUGCUGAAGUGGGGCGGCACCCUGAACAAGGAGUGGAAGAAGAAGUACGUGACUCUGUGCGAGGAGGGCCUGCUCACAUACUACCCCAGCCUGCACGACUACAUGCAGAACAUCCACGGCAAGGAGGUGGCGCUGCUGGGAACCACCGUGAAGGUGCCGGGGGCCCGCCCCCCCCGGGCCACCUCCGCCUCCUCCUCCUCCUCGGCCCCCGCGGCCCCCCACGGCCCCCCGGCCCCCAGCCCCAGAGGCAGCCACCUCGCCGGAGACGAGAGCGGGGCCACAGCCCACAACGCGACCGCCAACGGCACGUGUCCCGACUCUGCCGUCCUCCUGCAGCCCCCGGCGGUCUCCGCCGCGAGCCCCGAGCCGGCGGUGCCGGGGAGCGACGGCCACGGCCGCUCCGGCCGAGCCGCAGGCAGCGCGUCGGAUGACACGGUGGGGUCCAGCCCCAGCCUGUCCGGGGGCAGCUUCAGGCAGGACCCCGCGGCGUCGCCCGUCGCCACGCGGCGGAGACACAGACGCCACGGAGAGGAGUCGUCGUCGUCGUCGUUGGCGUCGCCGCCGUCCCCGUGCGACUUCACCGUGGUGUCUCUGACGGGAGAGAGUUGGCACUUCGAGGCGGCGAGCGGCGAUGAGCGCGGCGCCUGGGUGGCCGCCAUCGAGGGGAGGAUCUUCGCCAGCCUCCAGUCCUACAGCAGCGGCGGGGGGGGGGACGCACGCUCCGCACCGUCGCCCCAGGAGCUGCAGCGACGGCAGCGGACGAUCGAGGAGAUCCGCAGCGUGCCGGGCAACGAGCGCUGCGUGGACUGCGGCCUUCCCAACCCGAGCUGGGCAAGCCUCAACCUGGGCGCCCUCAUGUGCAUCUCGUGCUGCGGCGUGCACCGUGCGCUGGGCGCGCACCUGUCGCGCGUGCGCUCCCUGCAGCUGGACUACUGGCCGCCCGAGCUGGCCGCCGUGCUCACCGCCAUGGGCAACCGCCUCGCCAACAGCGUCUGGGAGGGCGCCCUCGACGCCGCUGCCGCCGCUGCGACGACAACGACAACGACCGAUGCUGGCGCGAACACCACAACCGGGGCGACGAAGGCGGACGCGAACGCCGCCGAUGCGAGCGCUGGCACGGCCGCCACCACUGCCGCUGGACGCAGCGAGGGAGGGAGGGGACACAGAAGGAAGCCGCGUGCCGACUCCAGCAGGGAGGAACGCGAGCGCUGGAUCUGGGACAAGUACCGUGAGCGCCUCUUCCUGGCGCCGCUGCCUCCUCCUCCUCCGUCGCCGCCAUCGUCGCCGUCGUCGCCCGGUGCGGCGUUCGGCACGCGCCUCGCCAGCGCCGUCACUGCCGGAGACGUGCGCUCCGUGGCGCUGCUGCUGGCUCACAGCGAGCGCGAGCAGGUGAAUGAGGCGUGCGCGGGGGGGUCACGUGACGGGCCUGGCGGGGAGCCCAUCCUUCACCUCGCCUGCGCGAACGGGGACGUCGUCACGACGCAGCUCCUCAUCUGGUAUGGCGCCGACGUGCGCCGUCGCGAUGCUGCGGGUGUCACGGCGCUGGCGCGCGCCCGUGCCGCACACAGCCACCUGUGUGUCGACGUCCUGCUCGCCCACGGCUGCCCCGAGGGCGACUGAGGCUGCCCGCUCCACCUCGACUGGAGCCACCCUCACCACCUCGACUAGAGUCACCCUCACCACCUCGACUAGAGCCACCCUCACCACCUCGACUAGAGCCCCCCUCAC